AUGAUGUCGCCCGCCGUCGAGGACGCCCAGGCGCAAUGGCUCGAGCAGCUCGACGCCAUGCGCAAAGCCAUCGCCGAACUCAAUCUCCCUGCCGAUACUGAGAAGGCGCCAGCCUACGGAGACGACCUCGAUUUCGAUGAUGAUGACUUCUCUGGAACUGUCAGCGGCGAAGAUAUCUGGGACAUCAUCAGCGACGAGUAUGAAGAAGAGUUCAGCAGUGAUCACCUCGACCAAUUUCCCGAUGGCCAAGUUGGUGGCGAGGCUUACAGCCAGCAAUGGCUCGCCGAGAAAUGCUCUUCAGUAGCCCAAAAUGGUUCCGGUCUAGAUUCUGGAGCGUUGAAGGAGCAGAUCACCGCGAUCCUGUCAAGUGACAGCAAUGACGAAGAACUACAGAUGAUGCUCGCAGACAUUGUUGGCUACGGGGAGUUGGACCUUGUGGCCGAGCUCAUAUCCCAUCGCAAGGACAUCAUGCGAUCCUUGCAUAACACUACUCCCGCUCAAAGCAAUGGUGCCAUGGGCCGUUUACAGACCCGAGCCGAACGCGAAGAAGCGUUGCGCCGGGCGGAUUGGGAGCACAAGACCGCCGCGUUGGCACCUUCUAUGGACCGAACAGGGCCCCAGUAUCCCCACGUUUAUCGGACUCACGAAGCCGGCAACAAGCUCUCGGCUUAUGGCAAGAAGUACGCGCUACCUCCGGAUACUGAGCAUCGCGACAACAACCUGUAUGAAGAAUAUGAAAUCCCCGCAGUCCCGGUAGGUACUGUCGGCGUCGGCCGAAGGCUUCUCGAGAUCCAGGAAUUGGACGGCCUCUGUCAGCGUACCUUCAAAGGCUACAAAUCCCUCAAUCGCAUGCAGAGUCUGGUGUACCCAGUCGCUUACAAAACCAGUGAGAACAUGCUGAUCUGCGCACCUACUGGUGCUGGUAAAACAGAUGCCGCCAUGCUCACCAUUCUUAACACCGUAGCCAAGAAUGUUGUGCCGAACCCCAUCGACGAGCCUGAGGCGACCGACUUUACAGUCAUGAUGGAAGACUUCAAGAUCAUCUAUGUCGCGCCCAUGAAAGCGCUCGCUGCUGAAGUCACAGACAAGCUUGGAAAGCGCCUAGCGUGGUUGGGUAUCAAGGCUCGCGAACUGACUGGUGAUAUGCACCUUACCAAAGCCGAAAUUUUGGACACCCAGAUUAUAGUUACUACGCCAGAAAAGUGGGACGUGGUAACGCGAAAAAGCACUGGAGACACUGAGCUGGUACAGAAAGUACGUCUGCUCAUUAUCGAUGAGGUUCACAUGCUUCACGACGAGCGCGGCGCUGUAUUGGAAAGCUUGGUAGCGCGUACUCAGCGACAAGUGGAGAGUACACAAUCACUCAUCCGGAUUGUCGGUCUCUCGGCGACCUUGCCCAACUAUGUCGACGUAGCCGACUUUCUCCGAGUCAACAAGAUGGCCGGUCUGUUCUACUUUGACGCUUCAUUCCGUCCUGUACCUUUGGAGCAGCACUUCAUCGGCGCCAAGGGCAAGCCAGGCACUGCGAAGUCACGUGAGAACGUGGAGAGAGUGGCCUAUGACAAGGUCGUCGAAAUGCUCAAACGGGGCCACCAGAUCAUGGUCUUUGUGCAUUCGAGGAAAGACACCGUCAAAACAGCUAGGCGAUUAUACGACAUGGCUAUGGAAGAACAGUGUACCGAUCUAUUCGAUCCGCAGGACCAUCCUCGUUAUGAAAAUGCUGUACGCGAUAUGAAGCAGUCGAAGGGCCGAGAAUUACGCGAGCUACUUGGAAAGGGCAUGGGUACUCACCAUGCCGGUAUGCCUCGUUCUGACAGAAACCUGAUCGAGCGCCUUUUCGCUGAGGGCGUUCUAAGAGUGCUCUGCUGUACAGCGACAUUAGCUUGGGGUGUCAAUUUACCCGCGGCAGCCGUCCUCAUCAAGGGCACCCAAGUUUACAAUGCACAAGAAGGUAAGUUUACCGACUUGGGCAUCUUGGAUGUUCUGCAAAUUUUUGGUCGUGCCGGUCGACCCCAAUUCCAGGAUACGGGUAUUGGCUUCAUUUGUACGACACACGACAGGCUGGAUCACUACAUGCGCGCCGUAACUGAGCAACAGCCUAUCGAAUCCAGGUUCUCCGCAAAGCUCAUAGACAAUCUCAAUGCCGAGAUAUCGCUUGGUACAGUGACUACGGUCUCUGAAGCUGUGACUUGGCUCGGUUACUCUUACCUCUUUGUACGGAUGCAGAAGAGCCCGCUGAUGUAUGGCAUUGAAUGGAAUGAGAUACGCGACGACCCACAGCUUGUCGGGAGACGUCGCAAGCUUAUCAUCGAUGCCGCACGAAUCUUGCAGAGAAGUCAAAUGAUCAUCUUCAACGAGACCACAGAAGAUCUGCGAGCGAAAGAUGUCGGGCGUAUUGCGAGUCAGUACUACGUCCAGCAAUCAAGUAUAGAAAUCUUCAACACAAUGAUGCGACCUCGUAGCACAGACGCGGAUGCUCUGGCUAUGGUCAGCAUGAGUGGCGAGUUCGACCAGGUACAAUCACGCGAAUCCGAGGAGAAGGAGCUUUCGGCACUCAAAGAAGAAGGGCAUGUCAUCACACAAGUUAAGGAUGGGUAUGCUACUUCGCAUGGAAAGACAAACUAUCUUCUCCAAGCUCACAUCUCGCGAGCACGACUGGAAGAUUUCACCCUGGUUUCAGACACGAACUAUGUGACCCAGAAUGCAGCACGUAUCGCGCGUGCGCUAUUCAUGAUUGCGCUUAAUAGGCGCUGGGGUUACCAGUGUCAGGUACUGCUAAGUCUUUGCCAAUCUAUCGAACAUCGAUGCUGGUCUUUCCAGCACCCACUGCAUCAAUAUGAUUUGCCGCAGCCAGUCUUGCGCGCGCUCGAUCACAAAUAUCCGUCGAUACAAACCCUGCGCGAAAUGGAUGCAACCGAGAUCGGAGACCUGGUACAUAACAAGAAGAUGGGUGGCGUCAUCUCAAAGCUCAUGAACAACUUCCCGACCUUGAGCAUUGAAUCUGAGAUCGCUCCGCUCAACAGAGAUGUGCUCCGCAUCCAGCUGUUCCUCACGCCCGACUUUGUCUGGAACGAUCGUCACCAUGGUACUUCCGAAUCGUUCUGGAUCUGGGUCGAGAACUCGGAAACAUCUGAGAUUUACCAUCACGAGUUUUUCAUCCUGUCGCGCCGAAAGCUCUACGAUGAUCACGAACUGAACUUCACGAUCCCACUUUCUGAUCCUUUGCCUACGCAAGUAUACGUUCGCGCCUUAUCUGAUCGAUGGUUAGGCGCCGAGACUGUCCACCCCAUAUCCUUCCAACAUCUCAUUCGGCCGGACACAGAGAGUGUCUAUACCGACCUGUUGAAUCUUCAGCCUUUGCCGAUCGCUGCUUUGAAGAACCCACUGUUGGAGGAAGUCUACGCGCAGCGCUUCCAGUACUUCAACCCUAUGCAAUCGCAGAUCUUCCAUUGCCUAUACCACACACCUGCCAAUGUCUUGCUUGGAUCACCGACAGGUAGUGGCAAGACCGUUGCUGCGGAGCUCGCAAUGUGGUGGGCGUUUCGUGAGAAACCCGGCUCGAAGGUCGUAUACAUCGCCCCUAUGAAAGCACUUGUUCGCGAGCGAGUUCAGGAUUGGGGCAAGCGUCUAGCUGGGCCAAUGGGCCUCAAGCUUGUUGAGUUGACUGGUGACAACACUCCGGACACACGCACAAUUCGGGAUGCCGAUAUUAUCAUUACGACGCCUGAGAAAUGGGACGGUAUCAGUCGUAGCUGGCAGACUCGUGGAUACGUUCGUCAAGUCAGCCUGGUCAUCAUCGAUGAAAUCCACCUACUGGGCGGUGACCGUGGCCCAAUUCUGGAGAUCAUUGUCUCUCGUAUGAACUAUAUCGCAUCACAGAAGAAGGACGGUUCCAUCCGACUACUUGGCAUGUCAACUGCUUGCGCCAAUGCUUCUGAUCUCGGAAACUGGCUUGGUGUCAAAGAGGGCUUGUUUAACUUCCGCCACUCUGUGCGUCCAGUACCGCUGGAAAUCUUUAUCGAUGGCUUCCCGGAGCAGCGUGGCUUUUGUCCUCUCAUGCAAUCGAUGAACCGGCCUACCUUCCUUGCCAUCAAAGCUCAUUCACCGGAAAAGCCAGUCAUCGUUUUCGUAGCCUCGCGCCGACAGACACGUCUAACGGCUCGUGAUCUGAUCAACUUUUGCGGCAUGGAAGAUAACCCAAGGCGCUUCCUACGUAUGUCGGAAGACGAUUUAGCACUCAAUCUCGACCGGGUAAAGGAUGACUCGCUGCGCGAGGCACUAAGCUUUGGUAUAGGCUUGCAUCACGCCGGUCUUGUCGAGACUGAUCGAUCGCUCUCAGAAGAGCUCUUCGCGAACAACAAGAUUCAAAUCCUAGUCGCUACCAGUACGCUUGCAUGGGGCGUGAACCUGCCAGCUCAUCUUGUCGUCGUCAAGGGUACACAAUUCUUUGACGCAAAAACGGAAGGGUACAAAGAUAUGGAUCUCACAGAUGUGCUGCAGAUGUUGGGUCGUGCUGGACGUCCUCAAUUCGAUGAUUCAGGCAUCGCGCGUAUCUUUACGCAAGACGCAAAGAAAGAGUUCUACAAGCAUUUCUUGCAUACUGGAUUUCCCGUCGAAUCAUCACUGCACAAGGUGCUGGACAACCAUUUGGGCGCCGAAAUCUCUGCUGGUACCAUUGCUACGAAACAAGACGCGCUAGAUUACCUGACUUGGACGUUCUUCUUCCGUCGUCUGCAUAAGAACCCGUCCUUCUACGGCCUAGAGAUCUCUGCAGAAGAGCACAACACGAUUGCUGCACAGUCGCUGGCAAAUGACUACAUGGUUGAGCUAGUGGAGACUUCCCUCAGCGAACUGGACGAGUCCUCUUGCGCUAUCGUUGAGCCAACGGGCGAAGUUGAUCCAACACCACUCGGCAAGAUUAUGAGCUACUACUACCUCAGCCACAAAACGAUCCGCUACCUUGUAAAGAAUGUCAAGCGCAACGCAACCUUCGCGGAUGCUCUGGCAUGGAUCUCUCACGCCACCGAAUACGAUGAGCUACCUGUUCGCCACAACGAAGAUCUUAUCAACGCCGAGCUUUCAAAGGCCCUUCCCAUCCCAGCAGAUGACUUUGGUCUACCCUUGUGGGAUCCGCAUGUCAAAUCUUUUUUGCUUCUACAAGCCCACUUCUCGCGCAUCGACUUACCAAUUUCUGAUUAUGUCGGCGAUCUGAACAGUGUGUUGGAUCAGAGUAUCCGUAUUGUACAGGCCUCGAUUGAUGUACUCACUGAACUGGGCUACCUCUCCUCGUGUGAGACAAUGAUCGCAAUCCUUCAGGCUAUCAAGUCAGCGCGCUGGCCAACUGAUGGGCCAUUAUCAAUCUUCCCAGGCGUGGAAGUUGACAGCGAGAAGAAACGUCUCGAGCAUCCUAAGGCCAGUCCAAAGGAUCUCAUCGAGACUACCACUGCAUCGCCCGCCGUGCUCGAACGUACAGCCAAGUUUGCUGGCGUCGCACACACUGGCAUCAAGCGUUUCAUCGAGCCGGUAUCACGCCUGCCAGUACUGAAGCUUGAUCUAGGCAAUGUCAACGCACUUGCCUUGGACUUUAGAAUCUCACGCCAGAACCCGGCCAAAAUGCAACAAGGCGGCAUACGCAUUUUUGCUCCACGCUACCCAAAGCCGCAGACGGAGGGCUUCUUCGCCAUUGUAUCGUACUCUAGUACGGAUGAGAUCAUCGCCCUGAAGCGCGUCAACUGGCCUGAUCCAAAUAAGAACGGUGGCCGUGGACGUGGUGGACGCGGCUCAAGUGCGCCUGGUGGUGCACAGUCCAGGUUACAAGCUUCGACUAAGGUCUCAUUGCCUCCUGAAGCGCAAGGCAAGAAGGUGAGUAUCAGCGUCCUUAGUGAUUCAUAUCCAGGCAUGAAGUGGAAGAUCGAGGGGGUAGAUGUGCCUGAAGCGCCUGUUGUAGAUGCAUAUGGAAAAGGGAAAGAGAAGGCGUAG